AACAAAGGCACUACUCAUCGCACGUCUCCAUCAACCACAUUCAUAAUACGGGGAUAGAUACGCAAGAAACAAAUUAACAAUAAAAUACCCUCAAGAUGGCAGACUAUGGAAAGCCCGCAAGACGACCAGGCAGACCACGGAUGGCCGAUUCCAUCGGAAAACCUGUAGACGACACAGCCAUUAGAAGAGAGCGUAUGAGGCAAGCGCAAAGGAAUUAUAGAGCCAGAAAGGAAACAACAUUAACAGCUGCCAACGAAAAGUCCGCCAAAUUGGAAGAAGCUCUUCGAGGAAUUCUAUGCUCCUAUCGCGAGCUUCACAAUAGCAUGCUACAUACCGCAUACCGUGUUCCCACCUCUGUUACCCUUCAAUUAAGUAAAACAGCCCUCGACAUUGGGCACUUCGUUAACCAAGCGGCACGCGAUCAACAACAGCAACUCGGCGCGUCCCCAAGCAGGUUGCUCGCCGAACGGCUCAUCCGCAGAGGCGUCGAGCGCACAGUAGACGCUCUCGGUAGCAAUGACGUCGACAGCUCCUGUUUAGCACACAAUAAAAUGCUUGAGAAUAUUAACGUUCAGCCAAACGAGGUGAUUCUGGCUCAAACGCUGUCGCAUGUUGCCGAGUCCGACUCUCCAUCGUCUUCGUUGCUUAACGAUACUCAAUUUACAAGCGCCGUGGAAAGACUACUUCCGAAACUUUACAGACAGGUGGAAAAUAAUGCCGACUCAAAUCAACGCAUAGACAGGCUGCCGGGAUCCAAACUCCAGUGUCUUGAGUUUGGCAAAACACGAACCGUCGCUGAGGUCGAUCAGCUUGACCUACCCGAGUUCGCUGGCGAAUGGCUUGAGGCGAUUGACGUGGAAGAAUACUUGGCAGAGAGAGGUAUCAUUAUACGCAGUGACGACCCGGACUGUAGCCAACUACACCUACAGCUGGGGGAUACCCCGACGAGUGGUUUGUCGCCCAGUGGCGUGGCUUGGAGCCUAAACGAUUCGGAAAAUACGGAGAUGGAUUAUUAUUCACCAGCUGGCUCAGCUGUGAGCCCAUCAGGGGAUGCCAACAAGAUUAUUGUCAACGUCGACGUAUUGAUUGAAUGCCUGGCAGCAAAGUCGAUGUGCUUGGGUCUCUGCCCAGCGAUACGACGAGAUGAUGUAGACAACGCGAUACGAGAAUCCAUCAUACAACCAGAUAGUGUUAGUUUGCAAUAAAUAUUAAUUUUUACAUGGC